UGUUUUCGGGUUUUGGUGUUCGAACCAACCUUAUAGAUAUUUUUUGUUUAUUUUAUUUUCCUCUGCGGUCUCCAAAAUAUCAGACGGCAGAAAAAAGGGAGGGGCCGAGGGGGAUUUAGGGUUUACCGCUCUCCCUCCUCAUUUAUUCCGCACAAGGGCGAGACAGAGAGAGGGAGGAUAAUCUCUGUGGAACUCCAAAGGUAGCAAAUUCCUCGAUCAGGUAGUGGCUUCUGGUAGAAGGAUUUCUAUGGCAACUGCGGAGGCAGCUCCAGCUUCGCUGGGUCCUAGAUUUGCGCCAGAUGAUCCAACACUUCCAAAGCCUUGGAAGGGAUUGAUUGACGGAAGCACCGGCCUUUUGUACUAUUGGAAUCCUGAAACUAAUAUUACGCAAUAUGAAAGGCCAGUCAGUUUUCCCCCUCCAUUGCCACCGGGCCCUCCUCCUGCGGCAUCUACUCCAAAGCUGGCACCAAUACCCAUGGCCCGGACAUUCCAACAGCCGAAUGGUGUGUUAGGUCAGCAGGGACAGCAAAUGACUCAGGUGACACCACAAUCAGGGCAGCAAAUUGCACAAGGCAUUCAGCAGCAACAAUUAAUACCACAGCAACAUGUUGCAUCAGGUCAACAGCAGGCACAGCAAGCGGCACAAGCUACACAGCAACAGUCACAAAUGACACCGGCUGUGCAACAGCAGCCACAAAUGGCACAGGCUGUGCAACAGCAGCCACAAAUGGCACAAGCUGUACAACAACAGCCACAAAUGACACAGGCUGUGCAACAACAGCCACAAAUGACACAAGCUGUUCUACAGCAAGGGCAGCUAAUGCAACAUCAGUUUAGGCCACAAAUGGUCCAACAGGUACCACAAAUGCCACAACAACUUGGGCAACAAACACCUCAACAUCAAGGGCAACAAAUGCCGCAUCAACCUGGGCAGCAGUUUCAGUAUCAGCACCUGCAGCAAAUGUCAUAUCAGCAAACACCACAUCCACAGGGUUCACAGCAUUUGCAGCAACCAGCACAGCAGGGUGCACACCAGCAGGGGCCACAAAUUCCUCAACAGCAGGCACAGCAGACUGGGAGUCAACAGGGACAGCCAAUUUCCCAACAGCAGUCACAACAGAAUACAUAUCAACAGGGGCAGAAAAUGGGAUUUAUACAGGAGGAAACUGAGUAUCAACAAGGGAAACAGAUUGGAAUUUCAACAUCACAGAUCCAACAGGCUGGAACCUCUUCUCUUCACAGUCUACCCACUGGAACUCAUUCGGUGCAGACUCCACAGAUUGGUGCGCGGUCAGUUCAUGCACAACAAUUUGGUAGCCCUGCUGUGAGUGCACAACAAACUGGUUCACCAUUGGUUCAAAUGCCACAAAUUGGGAUGGAUCCUGUUCUCCGGCAACAAAUGGGUGGACCCAUGGUUGGAAAUCAGAUGGGGCCAUCUGUUAUUCCUAAUCAACAAGCUGGUGGACCCUCUACUGGUUUGAAAAUAGAGUAUGAAAAUCCUCGUGGAAGAGCUGGUAAUGAUUUAUACCUCAAUGCCAAUAAGGAAGGUACAAGUAUGGUUUCUCAGCCACCAGGGCUUACUACCAUUCCCAUGGGACGGAACCAGCAGGGAGUGUGGAUGGAUGGUGUUCCUCCCCAGAGAAUGACACCUGGUCAUGCCGGUGGACCAAACAUUAUGCCAGGGCAUGCAAUGCCUAACAUGUACCAUCAUGCUGCUGUGGUACCACCUUUUCCUAGCAAUGCACCAGUAAGGCCUGCUUCAAGGAUGUUUGGUUCAGUGGAUGCUGGAAAUCUGUCACCUGCUGAGGUCUACCGCCGACAGCACGAAGUUACCGCAACGGGUGACAAUGUUCCUGCUCCCUUCAUGACAUUUGAAGCUACUGGUUUCCCUCCAGAAAUACUCAGAGAGAUACAUCUUGCUGGUUUUUCUUCUCCCACACCAAUACAGGCACAGACAUGGCCUAUUGCACUCCAGAGUAGGGAUAUAGUGGCCAUUGCCAAAACAGGUUCUGGGAAGACCUUGGGUUAUCUGAUUCCUGCCUUCAUCCAUCUUAGACAAUGUCGAAAUAAUCCUCAGAAUGGUCCAACAGUUGUGGUUUUGGCUCCAACACGUGAGCUUGCAACACAAAUACAAGAUGAGGCUAUCAAGUUUGGUCGGUCUUCACACAUCUCUUGCACUUGCUUGUAUGGUGGAGCUCCAAAGGGCCCCCAGCUUAGAGAUUUAGAUCGAGGGGCAGACAUUGUUGUGGCAACUCCUGGUCGGCUCAAUGACAUUCUUGAGAUGAGGAAGAUCGACUUCCGUCAAGUUUCCUUACUUGUGCUUGAUGAGGCAGAUCGAAUGCUUGAUAUGGGUUUUGAACCUCAAAUACGUAAGAUUGUGAAUGAGAUUCCCCCACGCAGGCAGACUCUCAUGUACACUGCAACCUGGCCCAAGGAGGUUAGAAAAAUAGCAGGAGAUCUACUGGUUAACCCUGUCCAGGUGAACAUAGGGACUGUCAAUGAGCUUGUUGCGAACAAAGCCAUCACACAGUACGUUGAGGUAGUCCCACAGAUGGAGAAGCAGAGGCGCUUGGAACAAAUUCUCAGAGCUCAAGAACGUGGGUCUAAGAUUAUCAUCUUCUGCUCGACAAAGAGGUUAUGUGAUCAACUUGCACGCAGUAUUGGGCGCAACUUUGGUGCUAUUGCAAUCCAUGGAGACAAGUCUCAGGGUGAGAGGGACUGGGUUCUGAAUCAGUUCCGCAGUGGAAAGUCCCCUAUUUUAGUUGCCACUGAUGUUGCUGCUCGGGGACUUGACAUUAAAGACAUUAGGGUGGUUAUCAAUUAUGACUUUCCAACUGGGGUCGAGGAUUAUGUCCACCGAAUUGGAAGAACUGGAAGGGCAGGUGCAACGGGGGUGUCGUAUACCUUCUUCUCUGAUCAGGACUGGAAGUAUGCAACUGAUCUGGUUAAAGUUUUGGAGGGGUCAAAUCAACGAGUUCCACCAGAAUUGCGGGAGAUGGCUUUGCGUGGUGGGCCCAGUUUUGGCAAGGGCCGGGGUGGGAUGAACCGUUGGGAAUCUAGCAGUGCACGGUGGGAUUCUGGGGGCCGUGGUGGCAUGAGGGAUGGUGGCUUUGGUGGCCGGGGUGGCAUGAGGGAUGGUGGUUUUGGGGGCCGUGGUGGGAGAAAUGAAACUUUUGGUGGACGUGGAAACCGGGGACGAGGAUUUGGGCCUGGUGGAGGUGCGAGUGGCAGGGGAAGAUAUGAUCGGGCUCCGUAUGAUAGGCGCAAUAACAUGGAUGGUAGGGGGAGGUAUGAUAACCGAAGAGGAAUUGCAGAUAGGAGUAGAGGUAGAAGUUACAGUAGAAGUUAUAGUCCCAGUCCAGAAAGGGUGCGGACAUGGGAUUAUAGCAGAAGCAGAAGCAGAAGUAGAAGCCGAAGCCGAAGCCGAAGCAAGAGUCAUAGUUGGAGUCGGAGUCGGUCCCGCAGCCGCAGUUUCAGCCGUAGUCGUAGCCGCAGCUUCAGCCGUAGUCGGAGCCAGAGCCGGAGCCAGAGCAAGAGCCACAGUUAUGAUAGAUAUCAGAGGGAAAACGAAAGGGAUCACGACCAGAUUACAGCAGCACCUGAUUACGGGGCUCCUCCAGAAUCCCCUAUGUCACCAGGAACGCAAGGUGGCUCAUUCCCUGGGAUUGAACCUGUUGCACCGGAAAUGUUGGCUGACGGUUCUGGACCUAUAUACCCUGUCAAUGCUGUCAUUGGAGCUGUGCCAAGCUUUCAGCCGGUGAAUGAACCCUAGUUGCUUUGCAGAAUAGGUAUUUUUGUGGGUCUUUUUUUCGUUUUGUCAAAGGUGUCCCGUCUGGUUAUGUUAUUGAUAGCUGGUGGAUCAUGGUUCUAGCGGGGUUCCAUAUGUCCACAAACGAACUAGGACAACAUUGUGGUGUGGGAUGAAAGGAAUGUGUUGUGCCAAAUAUUAAGGGGGCAUCUUUUUAAUUUCCCAAUUCUUUGACUGACAGAAACUAUUACUGUAUUCAUACGACGAUGUGACCAAUAGGGGGAUCAGGGAAGGGAAUGCUGCUUUGAGGUGGGUGGGAUGGAUGGCUGGGGCGAAUACUUGUCAUUUUAUUAUUGAGGUAGUGUUGGAAAUGUACACUCAUGAUUCAUCCACUCAUCCAUUAAAAAGGUAUUGAUUUGGGUUA